UGACCGCCUUUCAUAUAGCAUAACCUCAGUAGUGCAGCAAGAAUAUUCAGUGCAGACAAUACAGUGUUUUGUAUCUGAUGCGACCGGGAAAACAAUGGACCAAAAAGUAAUUCCAGUAUUUAAAAUUAUUGACGUGUACUACUACAUACAUGCUCACUGACAGCUCAUUUAUAUUUUUCUUUGGAAAAAUAAUCACUUUUUGUUUUAUCAUAGUUGACUGCCAACUGUUCUGUCUUGCAGUAGCUUGAGAAUUUAGACUUCAGUCUUUUCAGAUUAACCUAAAGUUGUGGAGGGUAGUACAGCAUGAUCUGUAUAUGAAUGAAUGAAUCUUUAUUUGCAUCAGCCAUCGGCCAUCACAACAGAACAACAAUACUCUAUACAUAGAAUAGAAAUAAAAAGUCAAUUAUAUAAAAUACAUUUUAGGGUUUUGAAUCAGUAGUCAAAUAGUGGAUCUUAUUCCAAUUGCCCCAGCUAAAAACCUUGCAACCUUUGCUGUCACCUGCUCAUCUUGAUCUGCCAAGAGAAAACACACUGUGGCAGUGGCUGGGUGACCUGGAAUGGACAAUAAAAGAGGGGUGAAAACCUCAUUCCUCAAGUCUUCAUAAAGAGUGCAAGCCAGAAGGGCACCACUGAUUCAUUAGUGCCAUCUCCACAGUGACAUGAUCUGUAUAUAGAACCAAUGACACUUCUGUACCAGUCAAUAUAGGCAAGUAGUACACUUGAGCAUAUAGUUCAGGAAAGAGAUCAUUCAAAUAAAUAUUAAAAAACAAAGGGGCUAGAAAACAUCUCUAUGUUAUCCCACAUGCAGACCCUCCAAGUUUCCCUAUUUUCCAGGAACAGUCCUGAUUUAGAGAAACCGUCCCGGUUUCUGAUUUGAUCCCAGAAUGUCCCACUUUUCCUUAGGAUGACCCUACUUUCAUUGGAAAAAUGUUGGCCGGUAUACACAUGCCAUUAGAAUGGGGUUCCUAACAUCACCCUUGGAAUUACAUCUAACCUGCACAUAUGAACUGCUGUAUAGCUGCCUUUUUUUAUUAUUAUUCAGCCACAUGGUGGCAGCAGAGGCAUAUGUAUUAAUUGGAACUCAGGAUUUUGUUUUGUGAAAAAUCCCUCCGGAAGAUCACAGGAAUAUUUGAAACAAGAAGACAGCUAAGAAGACGGUAUGUGAGAAAAUAUAUAAUAUUCAGUACAGCAAAGCCAUCAGCACUGCAGCACCAAAUUUACUUCCCCAACAGAGAUGGUCACUGGAUGAGAGUCAGAAAGUGUAUAUAUUGGCCAGAAAUUGAAGAGGCAAACCUUGAACCAUGGGAGACUGCUUCAGGAGAAAACAAGGUCUGUAUCUUUUUCUUUUCCUUUGUUUUCCUGGAGCAUUGUGUGUUUCAAGCCAUUAUUCUGUGCCUGAAGAAAAGAAAACUGGGUCUUUGGUGGCUAAUGUGCUGCAGGAUUUGAAAUUGGGAACAGGGGAGCUCUUUGCUCGCAGAGCCCAGCUGGUGUCCAAAAGCGCUAAGCAAUAUUUCCACCUUGAUACUCGCUCUGGGGAUCUGUUGAUAAGUGAAAAAAUAGACCGAGAAGUUUUAUGUGGCCAGACUGAUCCUUGCUUGCUUCUCUCACAAAUUGUGCUGGAAAACCCGUUAGAGCUCCACAGUAUUGUAGUCAAGAUAGAAGAUGUGAAUGAUAAUGUCCCCAGAUUCUCUACAAAGGAAUUUGAUCUGGAAAUUCCUGAAAAUGUCUCUCCAAAUACACAUUUCCCCUUGGACUCUGCCCAAGAUGAGGACCUAGGGAGAAAUAGCAUCCAAAACUACACUCUCAGUCCCAAUGAACAUUUCCGCCUCGAUGUUAAAAGUGAAGAGGAUGGAAACAAGCAUGUGGAUCUCGUCCUGGAGAAGCCACUGGACAGGGAGAAGGACCCACACUUUGGUCUGACUCUCACAGCUGUGGAUGGAGGGGAGCCACAAAGAACAGGCACAGUUAAAAUAAAUAUUGAUGUUCUUGACAUCAAUGACAAUUCCCCACAGUUUACUCAUUCUGAAUAUAAAGUAAAGUUAAAGGAAAACAGCCCACAGGGUACUCUGGUCUUCAAAGUGGAAGCUACAGAUUUGGAUUUUGGUUCAAAUGCACAGAUCACCUACUCAUUCCACCGGAUGCCUGAAAAAAUAUACAAUUUGUUCCACCUAAAUGAAAUCACUGGGGAAAUCACUGUUUCAGGUCAAGUUGAUUUUGAAAAAGAAACCAGGUAUGACAUGAAAAUUAGAGCAACAGAUGUAGGGGGCCUUUCAGGGCACUGCAAGGUUCUGGUAGAGAUUGAGGAUGUGAAUGACAAUGUCCCUGAAGUGUCCGUCAUAUCCAUCACUAGUCCUUUGGCAGAGGAUUCUCCCCUAGAGACACUUGUGGCUCUCUUUACUGUAACAGAUCAAGACUCUGGUGAUAAUGGCAGAACCAUUUGCUCUGUGGAGACAAAUCUUCCCUUUGUCUUAAAACCCACAAUGGAUAACUAUUACCAGCUUGUCGUCCAAAGCUCCCUCGACAGAGAGAAAGUCUCAGAGUAUAAUAUCACCAUCACAGCCAUUGACCAAGGCUCCCCCAGGCUCACUUCAACAAGAAUUAUUAAUGUUCAGAUCUCAGAUGUCAAUGACAAUCCUCCAGUAUUUGAAAAGUCUUCAUGUGAAAUGCAGAUACGGGAAAACAAUAUUCCAGGACUGCUCAUUGGCUCAGUCCGUGCUGCUGAUCUGGACACCGAGAAGAAUGCCAAGGUCACCUACUCCCUUUUGCCUGGGAAGGUCACUGAUGGCCUUGUGGCCUCUUACAUCUCAGUCAACUCUGAAAGUGGAAAUCUGUAUGUCCUCCGAUCCCUGGAUUAUGAGCAGAUCAAAGAUUUCAAAGUGACGGUGAGGGCUACAGAUGGAGGGUCUCCUCCCCUCAGCUCAGAAGUUACUGUCCGAGUCAUUGUCAUAGACGAAAACGACAACGCUCCCUUCUUCCUCUACCCUCUUCAGAACAGCACAUCCCCCUGCAAUGAGCUGGUCCCCAAGUUGGUGGAGGCCGGCUACCUGGUCACCAAGGUGGUGGCUGUGGAUGGAGAUUCUGGCCAGAACUCGUGGCUUUCCUAUGAGCUGCUGAAGGCCACAGACCCUGGUCUUUUCAGCCUAGGAGCCCAGAAUGGGGAAGUGAGAACCAGGAGAGCCCUGAGCGAGCGAGACACCAGCAAGCAGAGACUCCUGAUAGUGGUCAGGGACAACGGGCUCCCUCCCCAGAGCAGCACUGCAAUGCUCCACGUCCUUCCUGUGGGUGGCUUUUCAGAUCCUUAUAUGAAGGCUGUGGAGGUCAGUAAAGAGGAACACGAAGAAGAUGGGACCUUGACCUUGUAUUUGGUGAUCUGCCUGGCUGCAGUCUCCUUUGUGUUCCUCGUUUGCAUUGUUUCUUUUGCUGCCAUCAAGAUCUGCAGGAGGGAUCCCAGGGAAAGUUUUAUCGCUGCCCCUCCUCACUUCCCACCUGCCAGACCCGACAUCCCAGAGAACUGUGGCGAUUCUCAGAGCGGGUCGCUUUCCAGGAGUUACCACUACAAUGUGUGCUUAACCGGUGGGUCCUUGAGCAGCGAGUUCAGGUUCCUCAGGCCCCUCAUUCCUGUUUUUUCUGUGGGGGAGCCAAACCUCAAUGUGAACCAGACCACUCCUUCUGCUUCCCAAGAUAUUCCUGAUUCUUUGGAGAGCAGGAAGCCAAUGGAACAGGUGAGAGAGAUUAGUGUUUUUAAUACAAAUAGAAAAAAUGAAAUCGUCUUCUCAUUUAUCUCCAUAUUAUUCUGUGUUGAAAUGAUUCAUAGUGGCUUGAUUGAAAAUUGGAUUUGGAGUUUUGUGGGAGGGGGAAUUCACUUAGCACCUGCCAUCUUUCUAGCUGGUUCAACUUUUCUAUUCCCUACCUCCUCUUUCUUCCACCCAUCACUUAUUCAAGACAAUUCUUUCACAUGUAUCGUUGAGCUUUUAUGUGAGCCUUUUUGCACAUAACUGUUAGUGUCUAUAGAUGCAUGUAUGAACCUUUAUAGGACCAGAGUUCCCAGAUACCUAUACACAAUGUUUAAAAAUGCACUUACAUUAAGGGAGAUAUAUAAUCCACACUUUUAUUGCAGCUGUCAUACUUGAUGCAUAUGUAGUGGAACCAUCCUAAGCUUUCAGUUGUAUAUUCUUUGAAUCUUAUGAAUCUUUCCUGUCACUAAUAUGUGUGAGGACCUAUUUGGUUUCAUUUGAGCAAGAGGACUCUGACCCAAGCGACUGUAAGCCACAAGGAAACAUAGGUACAUAGGUAACUGCCUUAUAUUGAAUCAAACCAUUGGUCCAUAGAGCUCAGUAUUGUCUACAGCCUACACUGACUGGCCGCCAGUUUUCAAGGCAGGGGUUUCUCCUCACCCUGCCUGGAGAUGCCAGAGUAGAUCGAACCAAGGACCUUCUGCCUACAAAGCAGGUGUUCUACCACUGAACUACAGCCCUUCCCCUACAACUUCUGCCGGGUUUCUACCAGUCUCUCCUUUGUUUCCCAGGUAACUGCAGCACUGCC